AUGUCGCACGUUCCCGCUUGCCUCAACGCCACCGAGGAGGAUAUCCAGCUCCUUCUGAGUGCCAAGGCCCACCUUGGUGCCCAGAACGUUGACUCCCACAUGCUUCCUUACGUCUUCAAGCGCCGUAACGAUGGUGUCAACCUCAUCAACGUUGGCAAGACCUGGGAGAAGCUUGUCCUGGCUGCCCGUUACGGUGUUAACACCGGUGCCAAGGCCAUUGCCGGUCGCUUCACCCCCGGUAACUUCACUAACUACAUUACCCGCCAGUUCAAGGAGCCCCGCAUCAUUGUCGUCACCGACCCCCGCAUCAAGGAGGCUUCGUACGUGAACAUCCCCGUCAUUGCCUUCUGCAACACCGACGCCCCCCUGGAGCACGUUGAUAUCCGAGGCUGGAACGUCAUGGUCGAUAUGUUCUUCUACCGCGACGCCGAGGAGGUCGAGAAGGAUCUCGCCGCUGUGCCAGCAAGGCCGCGAGGCCCCCCCGCUGGCAACUGGGACGCCGCUGAGAGCGGCGACUGGGUUGGCGAGAGCGCCGCCCCCGUCGACUGGGCCCCGAGGGUGCUGCAACUCUGGCUGGACCGCCUAAACUAG